GAACCCAGAAGCUCCUGCUGCUCCUCACUGCUCCUCACUGCUCCUCCAGCUGCUCCUCACUGCUCCUACAGCUGCUCCACCUUCCUCCUCUGAUGGGCUCGAUCUGAUUCAGAACCUGCACCGAGACCAUCCGAACCGGAAGGGCCUGAUAUGGACUGACAGAUUUUUUCCCUCCAAACGCCCGAGCGGACUGUACCAUGUUGUGAUCGUCCACCUGUCACCUGUCGAACCCUCGGAACCGGACCUGGAACCGGACCUGGAACCGGACCUGCAGCCACGGAGCAUCACACCCAGCCAGCAAACAGUGCAAUGGCCCGAGCAGAGACCAUUGAGAGCGUUGGGGAAACCGGAGCAGGAGGAAACAACUCUCUUCCACAUCACAACAUCUGCCGCAUGGAGCUGCCUCGCGCCCUCCACACCUGGCCCGGCCUGCUCACCACCAGCACCAUCACCACUGGCUCUGGCACCGGUGCUAUACUCAUCCACCACCACCAUCUGCAUCCUCUGCAGCCUCUCCAUCUGCCGUACCCAGUUCCUGAUCAGCACCAGAUGCACCAGCAACUUCCUGCGUCGUCGCCAUCAUCAGCACCUCCUCCUUUGCAGCUCUGCAGCCGGAGGGAGGAGAGGGAUGGAGGAGCUGGGAAACCCUGGGCCUUGUCAGGAGAGGAGUCCGACGCUGACAUAGUGGAACAGCGGGAGGCUUCCAGCCAGCAGGGGCCUCUGCCUGACCUGCUGCCCAGGAACGAGCUCCCAUCCUGGUCUGCAUCGUACCACAGAGAUCCCAGGAGAGAGGCGGAGCCAGAGCUGGAGGUCAGGAGAGUGGCCAAUCAGCUGAGAGCCACCGGGGAUCAAUACAACGCCACCGUCCUCCGCAGAGCGCACGCUGCCCCCCACUGGCAGGACUGGAGAGACGCGUGCAGAGGACUCUUCAACUUCAUCACCCAGUCGCUGAGCGCCCUCUACAGGCUCACGUAGGUAACGUGUCCCCUGCAACCACCGGUUCUCAAGGGGACCUCUUUACAUUCAGGACUCGAACACUGGCCCGUCGCUGGUGAGGAGAAACAUCUGUUCUGUUUGCUGCACUGAUGUUCAUUUGAACCUGGAGGACAAACGCAGAAUGAAAUCAAACAUGUUCUUGAACAAAGACUUUGUGAGAAUGAGCUGGAGGAGUUUUCUCCGCCUGUGGAAUCUGGACCCGGCCCGUCAGUCAGUCUGCUGGUUCGGACUGCAGCUGAUGGGCCGACGCUCACUUUUCUAUGUGUAUAUUUUGUAAAAUCAAUUUGUUUUCACUGUGUUUGGGGGUCCGAUGUUUAUGUAGCAGGCGAGACUCAAGUGUGUGUGUGAGUCAGUGUGUGUUUGUGUGUGCGCACAUGACAGACCUGGGUCAAACACUUGGAUAGAGUCUGAUGAUCUCAUAAGCUUUUGUUUGAUUUAGUUAAAACUAAUUCAGAGAAUCAUCACAGACAUGAUUUGACUCUCAUCUCGUGUGUGCAUGUUACUGUUGUGUCUUUAUUCUGGCCCCAUUCUUACAAACUGUGAAACUGGAAUGUGUAGUUCCAUCGCAGGGAAACGUCGGGUGUUAUUUGACUGUGGAGCCAAGCACAGAGUGAAUCUCUCUCCCAAUCUGAAAGUCUUCAGUUCAUCAUACGAAGUGCCUUCAUGCUCCGAGCUCCACUGAGGCCUCGUGUCCACCACCAGGACAAUCAGCGUGUUUCAGUCACUUAACUCGAGUGUCAUUUGCAUUACAUUCAAAUGAUCCAGCCUCUGCAUGGUGUAAGGUCAUUUCAGGACAGAAAGGCUUAAUCCCUCUGCACACACACACACACACAGACACACACAGACACACAGACACACACAGACACACACUGGGAACUGCCACUGUUAUUUCUCCACACCAAUCAUUCUGCCAGUGUUGGGAGUGGGCAGGGUUUCACUCGCCUGUGUCCACAGUGUUUAUAGUUACUCGAUCGUAUGUAAAUAUUCAUUUUUUGGGACGAUGAAUCUGAGUAAUCUGAACAUUUUGGGCGGACUUUAAAAAAAAAAGUACUUAUCUAAGUGAGAGUUCACUGUGUUUGUUGGACAUCUCUUUGUUUCUCUGAGCGGUCGUUGGCAACAGUCGAGCGAGUCUGAAUUUAAAUCCAGUGGAUUUGAGAUUGUUUUCCAAGAGUUAAAACAAAUUAUACAAUUUGGAUCUUUUGAUUGUUAAAAGUAUUUGAUGUUUAUAAAAAUGACCCCUUUCAGUUAUGUGAUUAUUUUCCUUGUCGUUGGGAGGAAAUGUAAAUUGCUCGUAUUAAGAGCGUAAUUUAUUUUGCAAAGUAGCCUUUCUGUAGCUUGAUUCUUGUUUUGGUUCCUUGGUUUUUCAUUUUUUUAUCUUUUACAUUAUUUAUUUUUUCUUACAUUGCUGAUCAAAACUAUGGAUUAAGCUGUACUUGCGUUGUGUCGACAGAGCUGGGAGUUAAAGGUGUCAGUGAACUCAGCGAAAGACAAUAUAUCACUUUCAUUUCAAAUGUUAUCAGCUUAAGGAAUUGUGAUUUCAAAUGGUACUAUCAUCAGACAGAAGGAGGCAGAACUGCAAGUGACGUGUUGUACAAAUACAAACUUUCUCCCUUUAAAGCACAAAGAGGAAAUUAGGCCUAAGACUGUUAAACAGCUUCACCUGGAAAAUUCAAUAGGUCUGUGUGAUUUCAAACAGCAGCAGUAUAACUGGGGCUCCACAUGCCACAAAUACCACUACUAAUAAUAAUGCACUGUAACAUAGCUUAAUCUAAAAAGUGCCCACUUAACAGAGUAUUUGACCUGUUAAACUUAAAAUGCCUCAAACUCAACAGGGAGUCGACUGGAGGUUUUGGCGAAAGGAGUUUCGUCAGCAUUUUAUUUUACCACAUUCGAUAUGUUUAAUUUAAUAACUCAUUCGAUUUUCCAUAAGUCCACCUGUAAGUAAAGGAUUGACUUCAACCUGCAGCACUUUGCAGUUGCUCUUCUCCUGCCCCCCCACGGCGCUCAUUGUCAGUCACAUGCAGUUUGUGUUUUGCUGAUUUUCAACUGUUUUCUAUUGUAAAAUUUCUACAUGAAUUUUUGUACCUUUUUCUUUUUUAUGCAAUAAAGUUAAGGAGAAAUAUA